AUGACUGGCCGUGUCAACGAAUACAUAAGGUUAGACAAAGGAUCAGCGAAUCGUUAUCGUCAAAUAUACCGUAGCAACAUCCAAGGUGUCACCAAGCCAGUCAUACGUCGUUUGGCUCGUCGUGGAGGUCUUGAACAUAUACUUUGCCUCAUCUACAAAGAAACUCGUAGAGUUCUUAAAGUGAUUCUUCAAAAUGUUAUUCGUGAUGUCAUCAUUUACACAAAAGACGCUGAACGAAAGACAGUCACUGCUAUGGACGUCGUCUAUGCCUUAAAACGUCAAGGACACAAUCUAUGUGCUCUUGGAGGAUAA